UCUUUUGUUGACAUUUGCUUUUCAUCAGUUACAAUCCCCAAGAUGUUGGUGAACCACAUAACAAGAAGCAACUCUAUCUCUUAUGUGGAGUGCAUGAUGCAGAUGUAUUUCUUUAUUACUUUUAUAAAUAUGGAUGGGUUUCUUCUGGUAGUAAUGGCUUAUGACCGCUAUAUGGCCAUUUGCCGCCCACUCCAUUACAUCACAGUGAUGCGCCCCGGGCUUUGCAUCCUUCUGGUGGCCAUAUCCUGGGUCAUCACUAAUCUGCAUGCCCUCCUACAUACCCUACUAAUGGCUCAAUUGUCCUUCUGUGCUGACAACAUUAUUCCCCACUUCUUCUGUGAUCCAUACCCAGUUCGAAAGCUCUCCUGUUCAGACACCUACAUCAGUGAUUUGAUGGUGUUCACUGUGGGUGGGGUGCUGUUUGUUACCCCAUUCACAUGCAUUGCCAUCUCUUAUGUCUUCAUAUUCUCCAAUGUGAUGAAGAUCCCAUCUACUCAAGGAAUACAGAAAGCCCUGUCCACAUGUGGCUCCCACCUCACUGUGGUUUCCCUAUUCUAUGGGGCCAUAAUGGGGAUCUAUCUGCGUCCCUCUUCCUCAUACUCAGCUGUGGACACAGUGGCCACAGUUAUCUUCACUGUGGUUACCCCCAUGCUUAACCCUUUUAUCUAUAGCCUGAGAAAUCAGGACAUGAAGGUAGCUCUAUGGAGACUGGUUCUUACAAAAAUUUUGAGUUCCAAA